AGCUCGUGUUAGUCCAAGACUCCACUUAGUAGCUAUUUAAGAUACAAUUAAGUAUACUUAAAGUAUUCCUCGAUUGCUUUAGUGCCCGUUUACAAAUCUGGAUUGAAGGAAACUUGACUGCAGGCAAAUACUGUGUCGAUAAACGAGUCACUUUACUGAAAGGUUUCCUUUCUUGUCCCAUCUUGAGACUGUCCUGAUAGUAGCGACUUUAAAGGAUCGGUUCUAUUAAGCCAUUUGGCAUACGUAUCCAGGACUGCUCAGAGAAAAUCUCCUUCGAUUCAAGAUGGGACAACAAUCUUCUCGUCUGCUGGAAAUAUGCUCAACGAAAUUUACGUCAACAGGAUUGCACCACUCUGUCUGUACCAUCGCAAGAAAGGACUUGAUUAUUGCGCUGUGGUUCUUUAUGUUGGUAUUUACUAUUGAAGCAAAUUCUUCCUGCAAUCCGGAACAGGUAAUUUGGACCAAUACCGUCGGAAAGGCAGGAUUUAAAUGCUUGGACUGCCCUUCCUGUCCCCCUGGAUCAGAGCCUUCGGUACCAUGUGGAACAAAAAUUGAAAACUGGACAGAUAUUAGCUGUGUUCCAUGUCAACCUGGCAAAACAUACUCUAACAAAAACGACACAGCUCAUUGCAAGCCCUGCACCGUAUGCUCGACAGGGAGAGCAAUAUUAAAGAACUGCACCCAUAAGUCAAACAGUCAGUGUAGCAGGUGCAAGGAAGGAUUUUAUUAUGAGCUGUUGUCAUUUUCAUGUAGGCCUUGUUCAGAGUGUUGUGGAGAUGACAAAGAUUUCGUUGCAAGCGAAUGCAGAAGGUACAAACACAAGUGCAAAGUUCGGUCAACAACGUGCAGCGAAAAAGUCAGGUCCAUCAAAUCAACGCCUAGACUGAAAAAAAGCACACCUCUUCCAAGCACUGCAUCAACAUAUCAUCCAUUAAAUUCAGUUAUCACGAAUAAAACAAAGAAGCCAACUCGGGCUUUUGAGACUGAUUUUCCUUCCGACAAAUCAAAUUUCGUUAUAAUUGCACUUGCAGCGGUUGCAGUAGGUUUGACGAGAAUUUUCUUCCAGAUCGUUAUUAAGAAGUGCCGGAGACUAAGAGAUACACGGGAUUCUUCGGGAGACGUGGAAUCAAGAAAUGGUGACGAAAGUUCUCCCCAAAGCAAAGCACUGUGUGAGUCCAACCAACCAGAUUCACAAUCCAACGGAUCAAUAUCACCUUUUUUGAAUCGCGUUUUUAUUCAGACAAGUGGAUCCAAGACACUUCAUCACAUCUGCGGCGAAUCGUCCGGUAAAAGUUGGCCUCCGUUACCACAAUCCCAAGAUUCAACAUCGUCACAGCCUUAUCCGUUUAGCCCACUUGCAUAUGUUGAAUACACAGUUAACCCAGACGAAUUGACCCUUGUGGGGCUAGAAGAAAAUUAUCUGGACGUGUUCGACUGGAUGUGCGAGGAGCUUGAUGCCAUGCAAAGAGACCGAUGGGACUUUGAAAAGCUAGCUUUCCGGUACAACAUUCCAUCCGCAACCUGGAGAUCUUUCAAAAAUGCGUUCCAACGAAACGGUAGUCCAUCCCAUGUCUUAAUGGACCAUUUGAAGGCUCUACACCCAGAUUUGCCCCUUCGUCAUGUUAUCAAGAACUUGGAACUUAUUGGAAGGAACGAUAUCGUACACCGACUAAAGCCAUACGUGAAGAAAAAUGUUGACAGGUCAUCAGCUUAAGGGCUUCCCCGAAGAUUGUUAAUUCGGGCACGGUGCACGUGAGUUUACGAAAACAUUUUCAGAAAGAACUGUUUGAGAUUGGUUUAUAAUUCAGCCUAUUUGAUGUGAAAAUAGGCAAAACCAAAUACUGUAGGACACCAUGAGAGAGAACGUUCCAUGGCGGAGAAGUUUUACUGUUCACCCGUUCGGAAUAGAUAUUCUACUCGAAUGUUAUUGUGGUUGUUUUUGUUUCUAUGUUCUAGAGAGUAAUGUUGUUACGCUGGAAGCGUAAUAGUAUAUAAGAACAGGAAAACCGAAAUUGUCAAAUACAAAAAAACAACAACACAGCGGAAUAGGAUUACGAGGAUAUUUGUGACCUAUUUAAUUUAGUGAAAGUCUGCGGUUCAUUUUCAGGCAGUACCAUAUUUAAUUGGUUGUAUUUAAACUAUUGAUAAAUCCUUAGAUGUAAGAAUAAAGCUGAGUGAUAUGCAAAA